AUGAAGGCCAUCGAUCCUGCCAAUGUGCUGCCUUGCGAAAUCCUUGCAGCCAUCUUUAUUCAGUUGACACAGCGUGAAUGCCUUGAGUGCAUGGCCGUUUCUCGACAUUGGUAUUCCACUUUACCUUCAUGCGUGCAUGGUGUUUUCUCUUCUAUGGUGCUACGAGGAAGACAUGAUUACACACACAACAACACGUUUCGGCAAUGUCUUGGAUCUCACGUGCGAAAGGUGACCAUUGAAUCAUGCAACAACUCGGAUAUCCUCUUUGGUAUCACAACCAUCCUGGAGACAUAUGGCUGUCGACAGCUUGAAUCAUUAGAACUCUUGAGAUGUAGUGUGGAUGCAAGGAUCUUAUCUUUUAUCCAAUCGAUUUCCACUCAAUUGCAGCAUUUGUUGUUGACCGACUGCUACCUUUGGUGUGAUUCCUUCACAUUCAUACGAUACAUGAUCUCAAUAUGCCCAACAAGCUUAGUCUCUCUCUCAGUGGAUCGAGGCAGACAACAAUUCAGCAUACCAGCGACCACCACCACAUCCACCAUUACUCCUACUACUACAACUACAACAACUACAACUAUCACCACUAUCACUAACAGUGCUAUUGAAACACUACAUCUCAGCGACGUGUACAGUUUGCCCGAACUCUUUGCUAUCCUCGACCAUUGCCCAAAGUUGACCCAGCUAAGCGUUGACACCACGCAUCAAUUCCAUCCAGCCAUAUUGCCUUAUUGUUCACGAUUAACACAUUUCCGAUGGUGUAUGGGAGCGCGACCAUGGAUUCAUUCUUCUUCUUCAAUGCAACAACAAGAUGAUGAUGCGCCAAAGGAGAAAUCAUUGUAUGGAUUGGAUAUUGAAGCGAAGGAUUUGGAAUUAUUCAUGCAGCGAUCAUUUCAGCAUUUACGUUUCCUGGGUCUUCACAGCGUACGCUAUCUUGGGCAACGUGCCAUGUUAUUGAGGAUAUUGGAGCAAGCACAACCAACACUGAAUCAUGCCUACCUUGGUCUCAAUCCAUCAACGGCAGAGGGUGGUGUUCUUAAUGCCCUCCAUCGUUUACAUUGCCUACAAUCAUUGCACAUGACAUUGGAGUUGAAUGAACCAUGGCACGAUCGUAUCUUGCCCUUGCUGCAUGGUAUCCAGGACAUUGCCCAUGCUUCUUCGCACACGAUGGAGUCAAUUGCAUUGGAUGUACCGUUUCCUAUUCUCAAGGAUCUAGACGACAAGGCAGAUGUACUCGUAUCCAUGGGAUUGAUUCCUUUCCUCAAAAAAGUGCGUAUGGAUGUAUCCAAUGUGCAAGAGACAAGUUUACUCGCAUUCCUUGAACGUGCCGACGAGUUGCGUGAUUUAACGAUUGAAUCAGUCAAGCCGAUCUUUUCAUAUCGCUUAUUAUCAGCCAUUGCGUCCGCCAUGCCUCAUUUACGUCAUUUCAAAAUAUCGUAUUGUCCACAAAUUGAAGCGGCUGGGAUUCGACGGUUAGCAGACCAUCAUCAUCACCACAACCAACAAGGCUUAUCAUUGACAUUUGUAUGCUGCCAAUUUGACGAUAACGGUGCAUGUGUCCAAUACGCCAAGGAGAAGCUAGGAAAAGCAAACGUGAUUUACACGCUGGAUGAGGAUGAUGAUUACGUAUUCGGUGCCUAUCCGAACAUUCAGCCCCCUGAUCCAUAG